CACAAGUCCUUCAUGAAAGCGGCAUACAAAAACACACUUCUGUGUUUGUGUGGAAACUAAUAAUGUCUGGAAUAGUAGGACAAACAUUCAAAAGUCUGCAGCAUGCAUUUUAAAUGUAAGAUAUACACUGCAGUUCAAGUAAGGUCGCAAACACACUGGUUUCCUCUUUCAUAUUUUUUGCAUUAGCAUGCAUAAUUGCACAUGCCCCUUUCAUGGCCUACAAUACAAUACAAAGCUUAGCCAUGCCAGUGUGUGCCAGCCAGGUCUCUGCAGGAAGCUCAGGCUUACUGCCGGUCUGAUGGAGAUUAGAGCAGAAUGUUUUACCUGAGAGGGGCUCUGGAGUUUGUUGGGAGAACAAGUGAGUGAGACAGUGUUGGAAACAAAUGAGCAUGUAAUGUUUAUCACGCAUUAAAGCCCGUCUUAUACUCAUCUGUAGUUAUCGUGCGCACGAAAAGGCUUAAUAAUGCAAACACACUAAUAGGAUCUGUGGUGCUGAGUAGAUCCAUAAAAAUAGAACAAUCCUGAGAGGAAACAAGCGCCUCACUCUCCUCUCUCCAACAGCACAAUCUGCUGCUUUUGUUCUGGAGUCUGAUGUUUUCAUAGUUGUCAAGGUAAAUAUUUUAUACUUCUUUAGGCUGUUUGACAAUGUAUUUCUGUUCUGCCUUCAGGAUGCUCACAGCAGACUUGGGGAAGUUAUUUAUUCACAGGUUGCAUCGAAUAUAGUCAUAAUGUUGAUUUUGGGAUAAACAGUACUGAUCUCUAAUGCCAGUUUGUGCUGACUUCACUCUGUUUUUGUCUUUUAAUUUUGUUGAUUGACACAUGUACACAGACAUGUAAUAUAUAGUAUAACAGUGGCUUACAGCUUACCCACAUUUACAGGUUCUGCAACAAGAGUACACCAACGUAUUUACUAAAGAUUAAAGUCAUUUGAGCUUCUGUAAUUUUGUUAUCGUCUAAAUAUAAAUAAUUCAAAUGCAGUUCAGCUGUGUUGUAGUUAUUGUCCUUGUUAUGUAAUGUGAUUAGAUGUCUGCAGUGGAUUUACUUAAUGGGGAUCUCCUUUUCAUAAUCAUGUUUAUUGGCUUUACACUGAUGUGAUAUGUCAUGCUAAUGAACAGUUUUGUCCUCUGGGAUUAGUUGCUCUUCGUGUUUUUGUUUUGUUUUUAUAAAAGGGCCUCUGAAUUAAAAUCAAAAUUGAGAAAUGGCGCCACCUUGUGGGUGGUUAUAUAAGUAGAAGCAUGUCUCUGUAUGUGAAUCCUUUGCAAAUAAUUUGUUUGUUCUGCAUUUUAUACAGAGAUCAAGACAGGAUGAGGAGGCUGCUUGUUCAGAUUCUUUGCAUCACUAACGUCCUGGUCUGUGCUGCUGAUUCUCCACCACUGAGUGAAGACCUGCUGAAAAAACUGUCUGCAGAAGGAGAGCAGUAUGUCGAUGAGGAAAUAAAGCGGGCGUUACUCGGGGUGAAGCGAGUGAAGGAAAUGAUGGAGAAAAAAGAAGAGAAGCACAGACAUCUAAUGGACGCCCUGAGACACAGCAGUGACAAGAAAGAGGGGGCAAUGCAGCUGGUCCGGGAAACAGAGCAGAAACUGGAAGAGGCUGAGCAGCAAUGUCGAGAUUUAACCAGAUCUUCCUUUGAGGAAUGUCGACCUUGUCUUGAAGAUACUUGUAAGGCCUUCUAUACCUCUAAGUGUCGCCGUGGCUUUUCCGCUUUCUCCUUCAAGGUGCAGGAGUUUUUCAGGAAAAUGGCCACCCAGCUGGAAGCCACAGAGCGUGUUUACGAUGAAAAAGAUGAGAAUGCGGGUCACGCCAACUCGCCUGAGAACCAGGUCGGAGAAGAUGAAACAGAUCUAGAGCUUCUGCAGGCAGAUGCAUCGUUCAGCCAGCUGCUGUCAAACAUCAGCCUCCUGCACAACCAGAGCGUCACUCUGGUCAAAAAGAUGCAGCAGGUGUUUGGGCCUUCCUUCCUGGCGGCCUUCAACACGGAGAACCUACCGAGCUCACUGACGGCAACGCAGGGUGGCUCGAGUGCCGGCUUCUUCGGGAUGGUGGGUCUGGAUCACAUCGUUGAUUCGUUGGUUCACUUUGGGAGGAAUGUGCUGGAGGAAUUCAGCUCAACGGUGGUUGAUGUGUUCGAGGAGGUACAGGAAGCUGAGGAGUACUUUCAACAAUCAAGCAGAGAUACAGGGUCACUUCAUGCUUUGGGACUGUCACAGAACAGACAUCUGUGCCGACGACUCCGCAGACAAGCAUCAGAGUGCUGGCAGCUCCAAACUUUGUGUGAGGCAUGUGAAGACUAUCUGUUAAAAGAGUGUCCAAUUGUACAGCAGUUACACUCUGAGAUGGAGGAGAUGCACAUGCUGCUCAACGCCUCCCGUCAGCAGUACGCUGACAGACUGCAGCUGGUUCAGAGACACACUGAGGAUACGCAGAGAUGGCUCAGCAUCAUGGACGAUAAAUACGCCUGGAUCAGCCAGCUGUCCAACAGCUCAGUGGGCCCAGACAACAUCUUCAGUGUGAUCGCAGUGAAUCAACAGCAGCAGAUGAAGAACAUCAGACCUAAAGCUGACAGCAGUGUGGCUGUAACCUUACUGGACUCUGCCCCAAUAACCGUCUCAGUCCCUGCAGAUCUGAAGGUGGAUGACCCGGCUUUUAUCCAAUAUGUAGCUCAGGAGGCUUUGGCGUUCCAUAAACAGCAGAUAAGAAGUAUUGAUCCUGGCAGUGUUGUGGCUUAGUUAAUUAUUUUGGCUCCCAGCAUCGCUUGGCAGAGCUCCAAAUUGAAUUUCAGUGAAAUGAAUUGUGAUCAUUUGAGACCGCCAACUUUAUGCUGUGAUGAAUCCUUGUGCAUUUCUUCAAAUUUAAUCUCAUUCUGAGAGGAAAGAAUGCAAAUGAGUCGAUCUUUUAUAAUCUAAAGUAUUAGGUAACUAAGAAACAAUCAUCAGUCACCCUUCAUUUACUCUGGAUUAAAAUACUAAAUGGAUCCAUUUGCAGUAUAGCACUGGCAUUGAAACUGACUGACUUACCUGUGUGGACGUAAAACUAUAUUUUUUCUCUAACAGAGAGAUAUUCUGUUCACGCAUUGUCUUCAGAUUCUGUAUAAAGACUCCAGUACCAGUUUUCAUGAAGAAUUAAGAUGAGAUUUGUAAAACCUGAACCCUGUAUAGACCUCUAAAUCUCUACAUGCACAGCUUACAUAAUGUACAUUCAUGUAUAUUAAUUUUUAGGGUUUUUAAUAUGUCUGCAAUAAAACUGUGUACACUCUGCUCCAACCGUCAUUCUGUCUUUUGUUUAUUUUUGUCACAAGUCGUCUGAAAAAAAGCAGCAGAGCACAUUCAGGCAAUAAAUGAAAGUCAUUUUGUAAAGUUGAUAUUUAAAUCGACCUCAAGAGAUGUUUCUGUAUUCUUUAAUCAAAC